UUUGAUCAACAUCCUCUGAUUGUAUCCUUCUGUUCAACUGCUGCUCAGCAACCGAUCAGCUCAGCAAGGGUUGAUCAAUUUAGCCCCGUGACCUCCGAAUACUUCAUCUCAGCUCCUAUGCUGUUCAGUUCAACACGAACUCUUGGAGUGGCCAGUGCAGCACCGGCUGUUCAACCCAUCCUGGUCCAAUGGCAGAGUCCAGGAGAUCAAUUCAUAGUUGAUGUGCAGACGCCUUCUUGCAACCAGGUUGCCCAGCGUUGCUUGAUCACGCCCCUUCUCUGUUGCAUUGGGCUUACCGCAUCCAAUGCACUUGCCGGAGAUAGUGGGCACCCCCGCUAACUUUGCAACUUAUUUCCACAAUAGCACUACUGCUCAGCAACCGAUCAGUUGAACACGUCGGUUGAUU